AUGGACUACACAAACACCGCGAACCCCUUCGCCAAUUCCAGCGCCGCCUUCGGCUUCGGAAACAACACCAUGUUCGGCGCCUCGACCGCCACAAACGACGAGGACCUCAACAAGUCCAAGCGCUUCAACAAUUGGCACACGCGCCAGAACAUCACCACGCCGCAGGACUACCCGCUGUUUGCGAACCAGCCCGUGCCCUUCUCGUCCAUCCCCGCGAACCCGCAGGUCCAGACGGCCGCCACGCCGUAUAUCCAGAAGAUUAUGACGCAGCAGCCGGGGGAGGCGAGGAGUUUGAUGGAUGCGGAUGAACCUCUCGAAGGCCGAAGAAAGGCGGCGCUAAAAAAGAACCUCGCAAACUCGCCGCCCACCUCGCCCGGCGGAAACUGGCCCAAGUCCAUGUUUGGCUCCCGGCCACCAAGUCGCACCCGUAACCGGACCUCCUCCACGUCGGACGAAGCGCCCCUCCACAGCACCGACACAAACGCGCCGCCGCUCCUCUCCAUCUACGACACCCUCACAUACGACAGCGCGCCCUCGGAGAAGCCCUCCGAGUGCACCUUCACGCCCACGCAAGUGCGCGUCGCCAACUUCGCCGAGGGGCGCUUCCCCGAGCUCAUCCGCUGCCUGCGCCGCUACUACGGCGUCAUCCUUGAGCCCUACUCGGGCCUGCCCCCGACCGAAAACAAGUUCCACGACCCCGAGAUCGUCCCGCGCGAGCAGCUCGACCUCAAGACGCUCAAGAUGAUCCAGCCGCUCGCCGGCGCCGAGGGCGGCCCCGGCAACUGGGUCCGCAUCACGUUCCGCGACCGCGAGGCCGCCGAGCGCGCCAUCGCGGGCUCGGACCGCGGAGAGCUCAUCAUUGGUGGCCGCACUAUCAUCAUCACGCCGUGGAAGGACGAGGCGGCGAGUGAUGUCCCGCUGCCAUUCACCGCAACCCAGAUGGACAUCGAUAUGCCGCCCGCGCCGCCGCUGCGCAGGAAUAGCAUCCCGACGCCGCCGUCGCCGAGGCUGGUGAGGAAGACGCCGAGCGGCGGGAUGGAGGAGUUUGGGUCGGGCUCGAGUAAUGGCGGGGAUGGCGUCCUCUAUUCGGAGUUUAUGCCCGGCGCGAGGCUCAUUGUGCCGAAGCCGGUGGAGUUUGCAAAGGCCGAUGGGUGGCUGAGUGGGUUGGUGAACUCGCUGGUGAGCGCGCCGAGGAAUGUGGUGGGGAACAGUGGCAGUGGAGGAGCGGCGGGUGGAGGAGGGGGUAAUGGGUGGGGCGUGGUGAGCGCGUAUCGGUAUAUCAUGGAUGAUCUUGUGGGCAUGAAGAGACUCUGA